CCGCAUGAUGGAUUUGUCGAGGCCAACGAAUUUUAGUACUUUUUUCCGGCAGCUAUCUCGUCCUACCGCUGUUACACACAGUAUCUACUGCAAUGUAUUGCACCCAAUACGCAAAAACCUUGUUUUAAUCCGCGGGAACCUUUUGGAAGUAUAUGAUGUCCGUGGGGAAAGUGGCCAUGAGUGCCUUGUUUAUAUUACAGGCACUUCUUUGUAUGAAGAGGCUAAAGAUCUCGCGUCCGUUCGCCUUCGCAAUGACCUAUUGGACUCAGUACUUCUUAGCUUUAGCGAAGCCAAGGUUUCGGCUUUAACUUUCGAUAUCCACACUUAUGAGUUCAAAACGCGUUCUCUCCAUACAUAUGAGCAAUCUGCUCUGAGGGGCGGCAGGCUGCAGUUCACAAGAUCACCACUGCUCCGUGUUGAUCCGCUUCAAAGAUGCGCCGUCAUGCUAGUGUAUGACAGAUUUUUGGCUGUUUUACCAUUUCGACGCGUGGAUGCACUCGCCUCUCCGCGUAUGUCUACAGACCCAUGUGCUACACCAAUACUCGAUUCCUCGUGGCAUAUUAGGGCAAACGCGCCUGUUCUGUCUACUUUCACCACUUUUCUCAGCACAUCUACCGGAGAGCCAAUAAAUCACGUGAUAGAUAUGCAAUUCCUCUUUGGAUUUUAUGAACCCACUCUUCUUAUUCUUUAUGAACCUUCUGGAACAUGGACAGGUCGAGUGUCAGUGCGACGAGAUACAUGCUGCAUAGUUGCUCUUUCACUAAAUCUUCACGAGCGCACUAAUCCAAUUAUUUGGUUCCAAGAGUUACUGCCUUAUGAUUGCCAUACAGUUUUGCCUAUUAAAAUGCCGAUCGGGGGAGUGGUCAUUCUUGCUACCAACUCAAUUAUCUACUUGAAACAAACCCUACCAUCUCGAGGGCUACCGCUGAAUUACUAUACUAGAGUUUCGACCAAUUUUCCGUUUCGUCAAGGUGUACCCACGUGUGGUCCUCUUUCCUUGGACGGCUGUCGCGCAACCCUACUGUCGUCUUCGGAAAUUCUCAUUGUAGCUAGGGAUGGAGCGUUCUACAUUCUCACGCUUUUAUUGGAAAAGGCUAAUAACACAGUGACGGAAUUGUUUCUUUCCAAAGUUGGUUCAUACGUGCAAGCGGAAAGUAUUACAGUAAUGGACAAUUAUUUUCUAUUUAUCGGAUCGUGUCUAUCGGACUCGUUGCUUAUGGGAUUUAGCACAACCCAAAAAUCCGUGAAUAACGCUGAGCUCUCGACAACUGUUUUUAACAGUAUGAACGGGGAAAAUUAUGACAAAGAGCAUCCCGCUAAACAGCCCCGAUCAUCACCUGAAUUAGAAGCUUCCGAGGUGGCAUUGAACCUGACUGAAUCGGAUCUGGUGGAUAUUGAGUUGUAUGGACCCAAUGCCUUGAAGAAACCGACGAGAUCAUUUGUUAUAAAUGAUUACAUAUUCACGACUCUAGAUAAGCUUCGAAAUAUCGGCCCCGUGACAUCUAUUACAGCCGGCGAAGUGCCUUGCUUGGCCACCGGGCAAACCGACCCUACGGACGAAUCGCUAACUCAGGCCCAAUCAGAACUUGCACACACCGAACUCAUCGCUUGUGUAGCCCAGAAGUCGGGCGCAGGGUCGGCAAUCCUUCAGUUGCAUCGCAGUGUACGCGCUCGGGGUCUCACUGCUUUUGAGCUACCUGAGUACAGUAGUCUUUGGUCUCUUUACGGUCCGCCCAUCGGAACCUUCACAGAGCAAAAUAAAGCCGAAGACGGUAAAUUACAAGACAACGGGAAAACAACUUCAUCCAUUAGGGAGGAAGAGAGGGAGAAAGCUGAUCAGAGUGGAAACGAGGCAGUGGGCGACAUCCCAGCAUCAAAGUCAAACGAAAAUGAGGUGCUGCCAUCCGACGUUGAUGAUGCGCAGCUCAUCAACACAUGCUCCGUUCACAGUUACCUCCUUUUGACAAGAGAAGAUUCCUCGAUGUCGACUGGCUUCAUCCGAUGUUGUUCUUAUGAGUUCCUCAUGACUCCUGGAUUGCAGAUUCUUGAGGUGGGUAAAGAGAUUGUAGAAUUGGAGGUGAGUGGCUUCAAAACGACGGAAACUACUGUGAUUGCUGCGAAUCUGGGACUUAAAACCAUUAAUACAGAUCAGGACCGUAAUAUAGAAUCAGCCAACAGAGGCAGUGACAAGGAAAUGGAAGUUGGUGUGGAUUAUCCUUACAUUAUACAAGUCUGUCCAACUUCGUUUCGUCUGCUGAAUGGGCCUCACCUGGUUGAGGAGCUGCACUUAACCAAUGACUUACGAAUCAAUCUUGCUAGUGUCGCAGAUCCUUACGUUCUUGUGAGUACUGAGGAUGAUGAUCUAAUCUUAGCUACCCUGCAACAUGAUCCUGCAAGUAACACCGAUCGGAGAAAACAAGCUGCAGACAAGGUAGCAGAUCAGAAGAAUCGCUCUCCCGCUGAGCUCGAUUCCAGUGAUCAUUUCAAAUUCACAUAUGAGAGCUUAUCAUCACCUCGCUACUUGGAUCUCAGUUGGCCCAAGGUUACUCAGAUUGCUCCACCCAUUUGUUUCUGCUUGUAUCACGAUGAGACGGGUCGGCUAACGCAAUGGCUCGGUUGUAAUGUUGCUCCUAAUUUGCUGUCGAAUGCUUCAACAGGCAUCAUGGAGGAUGCCAAGGCGGCCAAUACUAAUGACUCCGCUAACAAUAGGAGCUCUCUCGAUGAAGAGGAUGUGCUGUUGUAUGGAGUAGUACUUGACAUUUGUAAGAGGGAAGGAAACUUUGAUCAGAUGCAUGCAGUUAAGGAAACCUCACAGCCACUCUCUGAUUCUAUCAUGAACGAAACGGAAUCUAGAGAAACAACCUCUGCGUACUUCGCAUUUAUUGUUUUUUCAAAUGGAGUUCUUGAGGUUAGUUCUAUCACACUCGUCUCUCUAUCCCUCGAAACGAUUUACAGCGUACCUCAGUUUAUAUGCCUGUUCGAGAUGCGACAGUUCAAUGAACUUCCCAAUCUUUUGGUGGACUCACGAGGUAUGCCUGAAGAGGAGAAAAGAAAACAAACUAGUGCGUUGGACAACAAGCAGUCUUUCACUUGUAUUAGCAUGUCUGUGGAGAAUGAGGAUCUGCCUCCGCCGAUUCGCGAAAUCACUGUAUUCUCAAUGGACCGUGAGCGAGGACACCCAGUUUUGUUUGUGCGAACUGAUCGUGAGGUGAUUUGUUACGAGGCUUUGUGUCCACUGCCCGAAGAGGCUGUUCCGUUGACUCCAGUGCCUCCUAAUUACGAUCCAAACAACCCUCUGCGCUCGCAUUGCUUGCUACGCUGGAUACGUUUGCCUGUAUCGUGCCCCCUAAUGGCUCCAAGCAGGCUUCGAUCCGAUCCCCGUGUCGCUGACAUUCAGGCAAAGCUGAUUAGCAAGUCCAAUGUCUUGCACCCCUUUGAGGCUAUAGGCGGACACAGGGGCAUCUUCGUUUGUGGUAGCCAUCCUGUUUGGAUGUUUUGCAACCGCAUUGGUCAUAUCUACGUGUUUCCCCACACUAUUGAUGGCAUCAUCACGAGUUUUGCGCCCCUCAAUAUCGCCUCCUGUCCUGACGGGUUUGUCUACUUCACUCAUACGAAUGAAAUGAAGUUGGCUACUCUACCUCCAGGCUAUUUAUAUGAACACGAGCUUGGCAUUGGUACCAUCCCCAUCGAAGGAUGUCCACAUUUCGUUCAGUAUCAUCUUGAAAGCAAGACGUACGUGGUUAUUUCCAGUACAGUGACCGAGUGCCGCACCAUAGUCCGUUUAAAUGCGGACGGUAAUAAGGAAGAGGAGGUGGUAGAUCGCCCAGAUACAUGUAUCUUCCCCAAAAUCGACGCCUUCAAAUUACAGGUCCUCGCUUCACUCCCAACCGCCAAUUUGCGAGUAGCACCACGGUUUGAAGUCGUCCCUAAUUCUACAAUUGAGUUUGAGCCCUUCGAAUCAGUAUCAUGUCUCGUUACUGUUCAAUUAUCAUCAGACCUGACUUUUGAUGAGACAAGAAACUACCUUGCACUUGGAGCUAAUUUAUCCUAUGGAGAGGAGAUUCCUGUCCGUGGACGCAUAAUUUUGAUUGACAUUAUCGAGGUGGUGCCUGAGCCGGGUCAGCCUCUCACUCGGCACAAGGUGAAGACGGUCUAUGAUGGAGAUCAGAAGGGUCCAGUCACUGCUCUGACAAGUUGUCAGGGCUAUCUCAUCAGUGCAGUGGGGCAGAAGAUUUACAUCUGGGCACUGAAAGCCGGCGACUUAGAGGGCGUCGCUUUCGUUGACACCGACCUCUACAUUCAUACUCUACUUUGUGUAAACAAUCUCAUUUUGGCUGCAGAUGUGCUCAAAUCAAUCCAAUUACUCCGUUUCCAGUCAAAUAUGCGAGUUCUCUCCCUCGUGUCACGAGAUACCACCCUCCGUGAGGUGUUUACUGCCAACUUCUUUGUUGAUGGAGUCAAAUUGGGCUUCCUUGUCACUGAUAACCUGGGCAAUCUGAUGGUGUACAGUUAUGAUCCAGAGGAACUGGCUAGCUGUUCUGGCCGACGCCUUGUGCGUCGAGUGGACAUGCGUCUGCCUUCGGUGGCUACAGCGUGUCUGCGCGUGGGAAAUCGUUUUCGGCACUCAUUGCUCGCGGUCAAAGCUCUACAAGCUGAGGCGAAUGAACUUAGAAGAAAUCGCAACAAGCUAACAACACCAGGAGUUGGAUCAGGUCUUCUAACCGCCUUGGAGUACGAAAGGACGCGACAUUCUGUAUACUUUGGCACAAGGAAUGGCGCUAUCUAUCUUAUUACACCGAUUCGAGAUAAAAUGUCUAGCCGGCUAAGGAUAGUGGAAAAGAACUUGAUUCAGUGUAUCGGUUGUACUGCCGGCUUGCUUCCCCGUGUCUGUCGGCAAUAUAACCAGCCCUUUCCAGAACUCAGUAAUCCCUGUGGCAACGUUGUGGAUGGUGACUUGAUACAACGGUAUCUCCUGCUACCUCAUGAACUGCGUAUUGAGGUGGCCAAAAAGUCUGGACAAAGCCUGGAUUCGAUAAUGGACGAUAUUGCGGAAAUAAAUGCAAUAACACUGCACUUCUAA